UCAAAGCGUCGCCGUAUCAAAGCCAUUCGUUCUGCUUUAUACUACCCAAACCAUACCAGGUAGCCUCAAUCCAAUCUACGAUCAAUUCAUGGCGUCGGAGCCUCUUCGCACCACCACGACCGCCGCCGAAAAAGAGAAACGGCACCGUUCCAUCUUCGAACUCCCGGCCAACUUCUUCGACUCCUGCGCCCUCCUCACUUCUUCUGGCCUCUCAGUUGCUUCAACUUUCGAGACCUCUAACAACAGCAACAACUCCGCCCUCGAAACCCUAGACGAGUCUGUGUCCGAUAGCACCGAUCAAGACCGCUCCCUAAACGCCGCCGUAUCGACUCGGUGGACCUGCAACACUUGCAAGGCUGAGUUCGAGUCCCUCCAAGAGCAGCGAUUUCACUUCAAAUCCGAUAUUCACCGAUUCAAUGUGAAGCUAAGCCUUGCUGGAAAGAAUAUUGUGAAGGAGGAGGACUUUGAUGAGUUAACGUCUGAUUCUUUUAAAGACUUUGAUGUCUCGAGUAUAUCGGGAUCAGAGGAUGAUGAACCUGAAAAAGUUGGCCCUUUCAAGCUUUCAAGGGCAACUGCUAGGCAGAAAUUACUCAUCCACCUUCAGACGGGAGAAAGAAUUUCGAUUUGGAAGUGUUUGAUUACAAAUGAAUCUGGACCUGAAGGUAAUUUGUCAUGUGAUGAAUUGUUGGGGAGAUUGAACACGGUGGUUCAUGAGCCUAGAGAUAAUACCUGUUUUAGAGUUGUGCUGCUUGCAAGUGGUGGGCACUUUGCUGGUUGUGUGUUUGAUGGUAGCAAAAUUGUAGCUCACAAGACUUUCCACAGGUAUGUCGUAAGGGCCAAGUCUGGAAAAAAACAGUCAUCCAAUGAUGCAUCUGGAAGGUUUGCUCAUUCCGCUGGAGCUUCUCUUCGUCGCCAUAAUGAACUUGCAUUGAAAAAGGAUAUUCAAGAGCUACUUGCUGCAUGGAAGCCUUAUUUUGAUGCUUCGUCUUGCGUUUUUGUUUAUGCUCCUUCUAGUAAUCAUCAGCUGCUAUCUAAUAGGGAGACACCAUAUUUUAGUCAUCAGAAAGUCCGAAAUAUUCCAAUCCCUAUUCGGAGACCUACUAUGAAGGAAGCUCGGCGUAUAUAUGACCAGUUGACACAAGUCUCUUAUGAACAAGAGGAGAAUGAAGCUCCUUUAGUUACCAAAAAUGAAUUGCCGUCUAGUUCAGGAAUUGAAAAUGAUAUCAUCUCAAGCAUGGAGAAAGUCAACAUUGUUGAGCCUUUUGUUGAGCCUAGUACAGAAGCUUGCUCAAGUUCUAGAGAGUCCAAUGAACUCCCUAUAUCAAGUGAGAGUAGUAAUGAGGUUAAAGGUUCGUCAACACCUUUGCAUGAGGCAGCACAGUCUGGGAAUGCUCUCAAGGUUUUGGAACUCUUGGAACAGGGUCUGGAUCCUUGUGCCAGAGAUGAAAGGGGACAGACUCCAUACACGGUAGCAAACGAAAAGGAGGUCAGAAACACAUUUAGACGGUUCAUGGCCUCAAAUCUAGAUAAGUGGGACUGGAAUGCUGCUAAGGUACCUAGUGCAUUGACAAAGGAGAUGGAGGAAUCUCAAGCUGCUAAGCAGGCUGAAAAAGAAGCGAAAAGGAAAGCUAAAGCAAAAGAAUUGAAGAAACUACGCAAAGAAAAAGAAAAGAAAGCUCAGGCUGAGGCUGCUGCUUCCAAGAAUACUUCGACCAUUACAAAGUCCUCCUCAUCAUCUCAGCCCAGUCGUGCAUCACAGAUCUCUAAAGAGGAGGAACUGAAAAGGGCCCUGGUAGCCGAGAGGGAAAAACGAGCAGCCGCAGCCGAGCGGAGAAUGGCUGCAGCUGCAGCCCUUAGUGCUCAAGGAUCUGAAGGUGGCGAUGGUGGCUGUGGCUAUGGUCCAAGUGAUGCUAAUGGCGGUGGUACCAGGGAUGGUGGGGGUGGUGGUGGUUUUAGUGGCAAGUUAGUGAUGGUAAUUGUGGUGGUCACAACAAUAGCUCUCGAGUGGUGGCAGUGGCGACGCAGACGACAAAGAUGAUAAUGGGGGCAAGGACAAUGGUAGUGGCAGGGGUUGGUGGUGAUGGCUUUAGGUAUUUUGGCUAUUAUCAUCAAAUUUUGGAAAUAACGGGGGCAAGGACAAUGGUAGUGGCAGGGGUUGGUGGUGAUGGCUUUAGGGAUUUUGGCUUUUAUCAUCAAAUUUUGGAAAUAAUAUUUAGUUCGAACGCGAGCAUUUUUCCCAAGCCGGAAUUUCAGUUUCGGUUUUAUACAAGCCCAUCCAAUUAGUUUUCACCAUUUUAUAAAUUCUGGCUUCCGGCUAAAGUCCACACGAAGUUUGAAACAACCAACAUUACAAUUCAUGCAAAUGUGGUCAUCCUAGGUUGUGGUCUGAUAGUCACUUUUAUCAGCGGGGCUCUACUAACCUGAGAAUUUCGAGAUAUAUUCAGCACACAGCUUCAUUAAAGCGUACAAAUUAAGUUUAGAUCAAGUUUACCACAUCCGAUAUAGGUUUCGCUCAAAAUAAAUUACAUAUGCAGGAUACCACAUUUCUUUUACUCAUCUUGGUUAUUAAUUCUUAUUUUACCCUAAGAUUAUCAAAACACAAAAGAUUGAAAGAAAAAUCUUUCACCCUCUACUCCCUUCCCCUCAUGGAUUGGCCAGCGCCACUAAUGUAGCCCCAUGAGCUGGCCAUGGCACUGUGUGGUUGCUGCUCUUUGCUUUUGGCUGAUAAGUCGUGCAGGUUUUAUGGGUCUCUGUGUUUAAUGUAAAGAAAUAAAGCAGAUCCUGGAGAAG